AUGUAUUGUAAUUUUGCCGAGCAUCAAGGCUGGGAAACGCAAAUCGCUGAUUACUCCCCAGUUGACAUUGGCGGAAUCAGGCACGCAAGUGCCCUAAUUAACGGACCUCAAGUGUUUCAAUUUUUCAAGCAUGAAGCGGGGGUUCACCGGGUCCAGAGAAUCCCGACUACGGAAAAGGCGGGUCGUAUUCACACCAGCACUGUCUCGGUUGUUGCCCUUCCACAACCCACAGAGAUUGAAGUUAACAUCGAUAACAAAGAUUUGAAAAUUGAGACGAAACGGGCGAGUGGGGCUGGGGGGCAGCACGUGAAUACGACCGAAAGUGCCGUCCGGGUGACACAUUUGCCCACGGGGUUUAGUGUGGAGUGUCAAGUGGACAGGUCUCAAGUGAAAAAUCGUCAAAUUGCUUUGGCUAAGUUGAGGGCUUUGAUUUAUCAACGUGAUCUUGAAGAGCAGAUAGCGAGGAACGAGAAUAUGAGGAAGAACCAAGUUAGGUCGAAUUUUAGAAACGAGAAAAUUAGGACUUAUAAUUUUCCGCAAGACAGGAUCACUGAUCAUAGGUUACAGGGGUGCAAUGUGCACAACCUUAAAGGGUUUCUUCAAGGGAAUGAUGCUUUAGGGAGUUUGAUUAAGAAACUAGAUCAACAGUACAAAAUUGAGACUUUGUUAAAUCUUGUAAAUAAUAAAUAA